AUGGAUCCAGUAAAAAAAACAUUUAAAAAAGCUUUGAAGGUGUCAGAAAUCAUAGACUAUCUUCAAGAUAUUGAAGGUUGUAGUGAUGAUGAGUUGAAUGACAUUGAAGUUGCCAUAUUGCCUCCGGAUGAAGUAGAUGAAAUGACUGACAUAGAAGAAGGUCCUGAAGACGACAUGGGAGUUUCGUCAGUGUCAGAUGUAGCUGGUCAAGUGGAAUUUUCGUGUACAAUUGAUAACGACGAGGAAGAUCAUCCUACUCAAACCACAUCUCGGACAAGCAAGACAUUCACUUGGCGUAAGUGUGAACCAGUAUAUUCUGAUAUACAGCCGGAAUCUAAUACUGCUCAAAAAUGUUUAGAAAAUAUGAUAACGGAGUUGGAAGGGGAAUCAGCGGUAGAAAUAUUCGAAUUUUUUUUGUGUGACGAUAUUCUAGAAUAUAUUGUACAGGAAACCGUAACCUACGCCAAACAUUAUAAAAAUGAUUUGAACUUCAAUAUAACUGUAAAUGAGUUAAAAGUCUUUAUAGGAAUUUUGUUUUUCUCUUCGUAUCACCACUUGCCUCAAAGUAAACUAUAUUGGUGUAGAGAUGAUGAUGUACACAUCCCAUUUGUUGAGCGAGCAAUGUCUCGUAAUCGUUUUGACAAAAUUAAAUCCUUUUUACAUUUCAAUGACAACUCAAGAAUUGAUAAUACUGACAAAGCUUUCAAAAUUCGUCCAUUUAUCGAUAAAGCUAAUGAAUCAUUCCGAAAGUUUGGGAUAUUUGAAUCCAAUUUAGCUGUUGAUGAAAUGAUCGUCAAAUACUUUGGUCACCAUGGAAUCAAACAAUUUAUUAAAGGUAAACCAGUGAGGUUUGGGUACAAGUUUUGGGCACUGUGUGGAGUCAGCGGAUAUUGUUAUAACUUUUCGCUUUAUACAGGCAAGGAUGCUCAAAUCCCUGCUAGUACUGGCGACGGCUUGGGUUCAGCAGUUGUAAAAAAGUUGCUCUCUGUAUGUACAGAUCCCAGAUCACAUGCAGUCUAUUUCGAUAACUUUUUCUGCAGCAUGCAAUUGUUGAUUGAUUUGAAAUCUCAAGGGUUCAGAGCUACAGGGACAGUCAGAGACAAUAGAACUAAGAAAUGUCCUAUCAUGACCAAACAAGAGAUGAAAAAGAAAGACCGAGGUUAUUCCGAUCAUCGUUUUGAUAAAAAUAAUGAAAUAUUAUGCGUGAAAUGGCAUGACAAUAAUGUAGUAUGUCUUUUGACUAAUUUUGAUACUGUUGAACCUUUUGUAAAAACUAAUAGGUACUCAAAGAAAGAAAAGGCCAAAAUAGCCGUGAAUCAGCCAAGGCUUAUUCAUAAUUAUAAUAAAAACAUGGGAGGAGUGGAUAAACAUGAUUGGCUGAUUUCUAAAUAUCCAAUCCGCUUUAGAGGUAAAAAAUGGUAUUGGCCUCUAGUCACCCGUAUUUUAGACAUGUACCUAGUGAAUGCAUGGAUUAUUUACAACCAGGUAAAUAAAGAUGAAAACAUCCCUCUGCUAGAUUUUAGACGAAGGGUUUGUUAUUCUUGGAUUAAAAAAUUGGAAGGCAAGGCAAGUAAACCUACACCAGGUUCUUCAGAAGUUCUUUUACAACCUGUCAGGUUUGAUAAUUUUGGUCACUACAUGACGAAGAGGGACAAACAGAGGCGUUGCCAAGGACAAGGCUGGACCUUUCUAUCACCCCUUGGAGUGUGGUCGUUAGUAACGCUGCCAUUGUGGACUUUCUUGAUGACACCCACUGCAAUUCAUUUUCAAAACGCUGAUGUUGCUGGUCUCCUCGCUGCAAACCAGCGCUUACAAAUGGGACUGCUACAAGCAUCUGCUUUGCUGCUAAAAGAAGUACAAAGAACGUCAAGAACACAAGUUAGAAGAAGUGAUGCAGAUAAUGUUUUAACAAACAUCGAAGACAAUAAUUCAGGAAGUCAGUAUUUCGAAAUCAUCUGCUUUGCUGCUAAAAGAAGUACAAAGCCGGAGAAGAUACAGAAACCAGAAGAAGUGAUGCAGAUAAUGUUUUAA